AUAUAUGCCGUUAAAAGAGUACAAUUUGAGGUAUUACAACUCAUGGCUUGAGUCCAAUCAUCUCUUCAUUCAAAUGGAGUUCUGUUCACAAAGUCUUAAAUCUGUUCUCAAAUACAAACCCAUUGUUUUCGAGAGACAACCGGAAGAAGAGAUGAAAGUUUUUGAAUAUUUCAUUUGCUGUGAAGUAUUCAAAGAACUCUUAGAAUGUGUUCAAUAUCUGCAUUCAUGUGAUCCACCGGUCAUUCAUCGGGAUCUCAAACCCGACAAUAUAUUACUCGAACAUAACAUACGAUUUAAUCGUUUCGUAAAACUAUGUGACUUUGGUUUAGCCACCGAUCACGUGAUGGCAUCCAUGAGCCAUUCGGCAGGUGUGGGUACUUCACAAUACAUGGCUAUUGAAGCCCAUCAGCGCCGGUACACAACCAAAGCCGACGUCUAUAGCCUGGGAGUGAUUGCACAGCAUUUGUUUGACUUAUUCAAUAUUUUAAUGCCGACGACCGGCCGACCAGUGAUCAAGUGCUGGACGACUAUAAUCAUUGGUCUAUUAAUAAACAUAUUGUUUGUGACAACUAAUACUCGGGUCUAUGGGUUGGGCAGUAAUAGUGAGGGAGUGUUGGGUUUGGGACACAACCGACCCAUACAUACACCCGAAGAAGUCAUAAAAGGUGACCAACUGUCCUCUAUUUGGAUAUAUUUUGAGCAGAGUACGCUUAAGAUUUACUACAGUAUGAAAACCAAGGAUAAA